GUUUUAGAUAUGUUCUACCUCAGUAUUGAGAGCAUUUGAUUUCAGGAGGCUUUUUGAAUGUUAGUGUCAAUCUAUCCAGAGAUCAAGAAGGAGUCGGAAGUGAUGCAAUAUAGAAGUUCUUAAGCAUGGCUCCACAUCCAGUCAUUCAAGCUAUCAUUGAUCUUUCAGCUGGAGCAUGUGGUGGGACUGCCUGUGUAUUAAGCGGUCAGCCCUUUGACACAGCCAAGGUGAAAAUGCAGACCUUUCCUGGCAUAUACAGAAACUUCACCCACUGCUUCAUCUCCAUCUACAAACGUGUUGGACUCCGUGGGUUCUAUCAGGGCACCACACCGGCCCUCAUAGCAAGCAUCACAGAAAAUGCAGUCCUCUUCAUGAGCUAUGGCUUCUGUCAGAAUUUAGUGCGCUUUGUUUCAGGAACUGACCAAGACACAGAACUCAGUGAUGUUCAGAAAGCGUGCUCAGGCUCCAUUGCCUCUAUCUUCUCCUCUCUGGCUUUAUGCCCCGCUGAGCUGGUCAAAUGUCGUCUGCAGACCAUGCAUGAAAUGGAGGCAUCCUGCAAGAUCCCCAGCGGACAGAAAAGCACGGUUUGGUCUGUUGUCCGAAAUGUGAUACGCACGAAUGGCCCUCUGGGUUUCUAUCAGGGUCUCAGAACAACUAUAGUCCGUGAGAUACCUGGAUACUUCUGUUUCUUUGAAGGAUAUGAACUCAGCCGCUCUAUGUUUGCCCAUUACAUGGAAAGAGACAAAGAGCACAUUGGUGUUGUGCCAUUGAUGUUCAGUGGUGGUUUUGGCGGUGCCUGUCUAUGGUUGGUGGUUUACCCCAUAUACUGUGUGAAGUCUCGCAUCCAGGUUCUGUCUCUAGCAGGGAGACAGGAGGGCUUCCUUAAGACAUUUAUGGGGAUUUUACGAAAUGAGGGACUGUGGACUUUGUAUUCUGGUUUGACCCCCACUAUGAUUCGAACAUUACCCGCCAAUGGAGCACUCUUUCUGGCUUAUGAACUCAGUCGCAAGAUGAUGAUGCAACAGUUUGAUCGCUGACUCCACCUCCUGUAGCUCCUACUGUCUUUUCACCAUACCGGCACUGCAACUUAUUAAUGCUAUGUUGUGUUUUCAUUAUCGACAUUGCAGUCAAUAAUGACUCAUUUUAAAGCUUAAAAAACACACAAAGUAUCAUUAAAGAAGUCCAUGUGAUUUGUGCAUGAUAUUGCAAGUAAUCUGAACAUACAACCUGAAAUUUAAGUGAAAAUCGCUAUGAGAGAAGCUUGUUCAGAGUGGCUUGCAUGCGAGAACUUGAGUUGUUUUCAUGCUAAACACACAAACUCUGAAUUGACCUUUUUCUUAGUGCUCAUGAAAGAUGUCAAAACUUUCAAUGAAAACUUGCUUACCUUUCAGUUUGUUUCAUUGCCAUCGUAUUAAAAAUGAGUGCAGUGGUAUUCACUGAACAAUCUCCUUUUGUGUUUCACUUAAGUAAGUCUUUCAAAGGGUUUGAAACAACAUGAGGGUGAGCAUUUAUAGAACAUUAAAGGAAUAAUUCACCCAAAAAUGUAAAUUCUCUCAUCAUUUACUCACCUUGAUUCCAUCCCAGAUGUGUAUGACUUUCUGUCUUCUGCAGAACACAAAUUAAGAUUUUUAGAAAAAUAUCUCCAUUUAAUUCAAGUGAAUGAUGACCAGAACUCAGAAGGUCCAAAAAAGCACAUAAAGCCUGCAUAAAAGUAAUCUAUAUGACUCCAAUGAUUAAAUCCAUAUCUUUAGUAGCGAUAUGAAAUGUGUGGGUGAGAAACAGAUCAAAUUGAUGUCAAUUUUUUUUUUUACUGUAAAUCUCCACCUUUG